CCGGAAUAUUAUUAUUUCAUAUAGAAACAGAGAAUUUUAAAUGGAGGGGUUGAUUCCAUAUCUGAUUCAUGCUAUCAAGAAAGACCAUAAGCCUCAACAUCAGGGGUAUCGAUCGUUGUCUGUAGGAUCUAGCCGAGGCUGCAGACCACUAAUGAUGGGACAAGAAGGUUCUUCUUCAUUUCAGGGAUCUUCUCACCGUCGAACAAGAUCAGAGUACAAGCCACCUGUUAUCAUGGAUAUGUUUGAUCAGACAUCAUCAGGAGGUUUUGGUCAAGGCUCUGGGAAUGAAGAUCUUUCUUCACAGAAUAUAGCAACAAAGCUUCAGCAUGCAGAUAGACGAUGAGCUUCUGUGAGAAAGAAAAAAAUUUACAAAUCUGAAAUCAAACUGUAUUAAGUCUUGGAUACCAGUUAUAUGAAUUUGUUUUUAUUUAUUUUUUUAUUUAUUAUAAUAAUGUAUUGUAUGAAUCAAAUACAAUAAAAACUGUUGGAUUUGGUUUAAAUAACUUAUUGUAU